UCUUCCUCCUCAAACAUAAGGGCAAAAACGUCAAAUGUUUCCAGCCCCCAAUCCUAUCCUGGGUGUCAAUUGUUCAACUCGUUCGUCCUGCGCUUUGCCCGUAAAAACGGAGGGAGCGUUUGCAGGCACGCAGCCAUGCACAGGCUGUCCCUUCGCUGUUCCGUGGCGGGAACGAGGAGGAGACCGUAGAGAGCCGACGAAAGCGAAGAGGAGACUGAGAGGAGGGAGAGCCUCGGAAUGCGUAUUUGCCGGAAACAGAGACUCGUCCACCUUCUCCUCUUCCGCAUUCUCCUUCUCUACAUCUUCUCCUAUGAUCCAACCCAAAAAGAACGAGACAAAUGUAGCAGAGGAGCAAGCACGACAACACGUAAGGGACUUGUUAAGAGAUGCAUGGAGGAAGCUCGACAAGGAGCUGCUCUCGGCUCAGCAGCAGUAGCAACAGACCGCCUUCUCUCGUUCUUUCAUGAAGGUGACUCUCAACAUUGCGAGGGUCUCCCAAUGCAUGUACGACUAUGAAGAUGGCGUUGGUGUCUUGCAGCAUGAGUCCAUGGAGUGUGUCAACUCUCUCAUUGUUGAGCCCAUUCAGACUACCUAAGCAAACUAUCAAUCGUUGUGUUCCACUUUCAACCAUGUUCGUGCACAUUAACCGAAUCAUAUUUAUAAUGUUAUGUAUCAUCAUAUAAUAAAAUGAAUAUAUUAAUACAUUAAAUUUAAUA